CGACAGCGGCAGCUGCGGCGCGACCAGGCCGGCGGCCGCCAGUGCACCGAGAGCGCGAGCCGGAGGUGCCCAGCGCAGCCAUGGAGCCCCGCGCGGACUCACUCCAUGAUGUCCCUGUCGGUGCGGCCCCAGCGCCGCCUGCUCAGCGCCCGGGUCAGUAGGAGCCAGUCGUUUGCAGGCGUGCUCGGCAGCCACGAGCGGGGACCCAGGAGUUUCCCGGCCUUCAGCCCUCCGGGCCCCCCAAGGAAGACCCCCGCGCUCUCCCGCAUGUCCAGGAUGUUUUCCGUGGCUCACCCCGCCCCGAAGCUCCCGCAGCCCGAGAGGUUGGACCUGGUGUAUGCGGCGCUCAAGCAGGGUCUGACGGCCUAUUUGGAAGUGCAUCAGCAAGAGCAGGAGAAACUCCAGGGGCAGAUAAAGGAGUCUAAAAGGAAUUCUCGCCUGGGCUUCCUGUACGAUUUGGACAAGCAAGUCAAGUCCAUUGAACGUUUCCUGCGACGAUUGGAGUUCCAUGCCAGCAAGAUUGACGAGCUGUAUGAGGCCUACUGUGUCCAGCGGAGGCUCCGGGAUGGUGCCUACAACAUGGUCCGUGCCUACAGCACUGGCUCACCAGGGAGUCGGGAAGCCCGAGACAGCCUGGCUGAGGCCACAAGGGGGCAUCGCGAGUACACUGAGAGUAUGUGUCUGUUGGAGAGUGAGCUGGAGGGACAGCUGGGAGAGUUCCAUCUCCGGAUGAAAGGGUUGGCUGGCUUCGCCAGGCUGUGUGUGGGCGAUCAGUAUGAGAUCUGCAUGAAAUAUGGACGUCAGCGGUGGAAGCUCCGGGGCCGCAUUGAGGGCAGUGGAAAGCAAGUCUGGGACAGUGAAGAAACCGUCUUUCUUCCCCUGCUCACGGAAUUCCUCUCCAUCAAGGUGACAGAACUCAAGGGCCUCGCCAACCAUGUGGUCGUAGGCAGUGUCUCCUGCGAGACCAAGGACCUGUUUGCAGCUCUGCCUCAAGUGGUGGCUGUGGACAUUAAUGACCUUGGCACCAUCAAGCUCAGUCUAGAAGUCAUUUGGAGCCCCUUCGAUAAAGAUGAUCAGCCCUCAGCUGCCUCAACAGUCAACAAGGCCUCUACAGUCACCAAGCGCUUCUCCACCUAUAGUCAAAGCCCUCCAGACACACCCUCUCUUCGGGAGCAGGCCUUUUAUAAUAUGCUGAGGCGGCAGGAGGAGUUGGAGAAUGGGACAGCAUGGUCCCUGUCAUCUGAAUCUUCAGAUGACUCAUCUAGCCCACAGCUCUCAGGCACUGCCCGCCACUCCUCAGCCCCCCGGCCCCUGGUGCAGCAACCGGAACCCUUGCCCAUCCAAGUUGCCUUCCGUAGGCCUCAGUCCUCCACCUCUGGGCCUGUGGAUGGGGUGGGGACCAAUGCCCCAGCCCUGGCCAAUGGGCAUACCUACUCUGGGGUGUGCCGGACUCUAAGCCAUAUUAGUGAGGCCAGUGUGGAUGCUGCUUUGGCUGAGGCUUUGGUGGAGGAUGUGGGCCUAGAUAACACAGCCCGUGAACCUAGCAGGCUAGUCCACCCGGAUUCCAUCCGUGGAGAGCACUCUGGUUCUAUCCUCCCUGCCCAGACCCAAUCUGCCAUGAGUCCUACUGUGAGCAAGAUAGCCCAUGUAGACUCAGUUCACAGAAACAAAGAUUCUAACUCUUCUGAGAAGCCAGGCUCUACCAACACCUCUGCCAAAACCACAUCUAAUGCUAUAAACCCAACCCAGAGUGCACCAAGUCUCACUCACACUACCACAAGUUCUAGCCAAAAUUCCGUGGGCUCUCCAACUGCAGGUCCUACCUCCGGUUCUACAGGUGCAGUCACUACUACCACAAGUCCUAGCCACUCUGUCAAAAACCUGACACAUACUGUCACAAGUCUCACAGACAAGCCAGUUCUCCUUCCUCUCACUACCACAGGCCCUGCCCAGUCCACCUCAGGCCACACCUACACUACUGCCAGCCCCACCCACACUACUGAGAGCCCCAUCCAGACUGCAAGCCCCACCUACACUACUGCCAGCCCCACAUACACCACUGCAAUUCCAACCCACACCACCACAAGUCCCACCCAUGGCACUUCAAGCUCCACCCACACCAGCUCAAGCCCCUCACACACCAGUACAAGCCCCUCACACACCAAUGCAAGACCCACCCAUACCACCACAAGCCCCACCCACAGCACUGCAUGCCUUACACUCACCACUGCAAGCCCCACCCACGCUACUGCAAAUCCUACUCAAAAUGCGAGGAUGUCAACAACUUACACCACUACGAGUCCUAUCCCCAUUUCUGACAACGAAGUCCAGGAUGCCAAGAGUCCUACCCACACUGCCAGAAGUCCUGUCACCAGUAUAAGCCCUUCCACAUCUGUAGACCUUGCCAGGCCCUCCAGCUCCUCCUCACACACAGACCACACCCUUCCAGAUACUGAUUCCCUAUCCAGUCUCCCCCCAGCCUCAAGCCCUGGUAUCCAGGCAGACCCUAUAGCUCCCACCACUUCCUACCCAAGUCCUGCAUGUUCUAGUCAGGAAUCUCUCAUACACCCUUCCCCAGAAACCCCAGAAUCCAUCCAUCAGAGCCCAAGUCUCCCUCCCUCACCCCAAACACCUGCACCCCAGCAUUUAGAAGACCUUGGCCUGGCCAUGGCUGCCCAGGGUCCAGUUGCAGGGACUGCUGGGGGCACUGGGGACAGAAAGCUUGAGGAAGCUCUGGGUGCCUUAAUGGGUGCCCUGGAUGACUACCGUGGCCAGUUUCCCGAGCUGCAGGGCCUGGAGCAGGAGGUGACCCGACUGGAGAGUCUGUUGAUGCAGAGACAAGGCCUGACUCGCAGUCGGGCCUCCAGCCUUAGCAUAACCGUGGAGAAUGCGCUAGAGAGUUUUAGCUUCCUCCAUGAGAAUGAAGAUGAAGACCAUGAUGGCCCUCCGGAGAGGCCCCAAAACAGCCCAGAGUCUGGGGCAGAAGACAACCUAGACUCAACCAGUGCCCGGCCCCUCAGCACAGAUUGUCCAGCUCUGGAUGAUGCCCUGGUACAGCAUCUGUACCACUGCAGUCGCCUCCUACUGAAAUUGGGCACAUUUGGGCCCCUGCGCUGUCAGGAAGCAUGGGCCCUGGAGCGGCUGCUUCGGGAGGCCCGAGUGCUUGAAGCAGUGUGCGAGCUUAGCAAACGAUGGGGGACCUCGGCCACUUCUGCCCAGGAAGUGGUGCAGUUCUCGGCCUCUCGGCCUGGCUUCCUGACCUUCUGGGACCAGUGCACAGAAGGACUCAGUCUCUUCAUCUGCCCUGUGGAGCGGGUGCUCCUUACAUUCUGCAAUCAGUAUGGUGCUCGUCUCUCCCUGCGUCAGCCAGGCUUAGCUGAGGCUGUAUGUGUCAAGUUCCUGGAGGAUGCCCUGGGGCAGAAGCUGCCCAGGAGGUCCAAGCCAGGUCCUGGCGAGCAGCUCACCGUCUUCCAGUUCUGGAGCUACAUUGAAACCGUGGAUAGCCCCUCUAUGGAGGCUUAUGUGACCGAGAUGGCUGAGGAGGUGUUGCUGGUGCGGAACCUGAACUCUGAUGACCAGGCAGUUGUGCUGAAGGCACUCAGGCUGGCCCCUGAGGGGCGACUGCAGAAAGAAGGGCUCCGGGCCCUCAGUUCCUUGCUUGUCCAUGGCAACAACAAGGUUAUGGCAGCUGUCAGCACCCAGCUCCGGAGCCUGGCAUUGGGCGCUGCCUUCCGGGAAAGGGCCCUGCUCUGCUUCCUUGAUCAGCUUGAGGACGAGGAUAUACAAACCAGAGUGGCUGGCUGCUUGGGCCUGGGCUGCAUCAAGGCUCCAGAGGCCAUUGAGCCCCUGGUGUACCUGUGCCAGACAGACACAGAAGCUGUGAGGGAGGCUGCCCGGCAGAGCCUGCAGCAAUGUGGAGAAGAGGGACAGUCUGCCCACCGACGGCUGGAGGAGUCGCUGGACGCCCUGCCCCGUAUCUUUGGGCCUGGCAGCAUGGCCAGCACUGCAUUCUGAGCCCCACAGGGCUGGCAGGGAGGGUGAGGGCUGGCUCCAGACACCCCUGCCCCCACAGAGGCCCCCACAGAGUCCUAUCAAUGAAAAGCUAAUAUAUACUUCCGACACCCCUGGAGUUGGUAGAGUCAGUGCCAGCGGUCAAGUGCCUCCCAGCCUCGGCUCAGCACACUUGCCACAGAUCAGUGUCCGGGGCCCGGCCAUCGUGCCUCUGCCCUGACAUGUCCCUUGGUUUGUAUUUUAUUUACAGAGUUUUACAGAAAAUAAAUUUUAAAAGAAGCAAA